GAGAAAAGGAACACACGACAGAAAAGUCAAUAUAGUUAGAGGUGAUAGAUCGCAGAACAGUUAGUGUUCCCCUGUCAUGAGUGGUCAUCCUACAGAUUACAAAGGCAACAUUGGUAAAGAAAAUAUUCAUAGCCUUGUGCUCUCGAUAUAAAGCAAAAGUCUAAGGGCUACGUGACUUAAUCUUUGUCAUUUUGAUCAAGAAUUGUCCUAUCUUCUCUCUCUUUCAUCUUUUUCCCCGGUGUAUAUAUUUCCUUAACUUACUAUACUUUCUUCUUUCGUUUGGUUUUUCCUGAAGGUUCUACUCUUCUUUCCAUGGUCUUGAGCUUUUACAGUAGUUGGUGAAAAAGUAAUGAUGCAAAUUUAAGAAUUUUGGGAGUGGCAUUCUCUUGGCGAUCUUGAGUAACAAGCCUUUUAGUUUCUUCCCCCUGUUUCUGAUUGUCAUUUCUAUUCUCAACAUGCUCCUGGAUACCAACAAGCACCCAUCAUUCUAUAAGCUUUUAUCGGAAGAGGGUUUUAUGGAUAAAAUAAAAAUUCCGCCCUCUUUAAUUUUACCAGAGAGCACAAGAAGAUGUUGGCGAAGAUUUGCAAAAUGAAAACAGAUGAAGGGAUGUCUUGGACAGUAAAGAUAGUAAAGGAGGGGUCUAAUUACUUCAUCUGUGAAGGAGACUGGCCACAGUUUGUCACGUAUAACAAACUGGAGCUUGGUGAUCUCUUAUAGCCUGUUUGGCCAAGCUUCUAAAAUCAACUUAUUUUAAAAAGUACUUUUUUUAAAAGUACUUUUCAAAAAAGCACUUUUAGCGAAAGUUUUUGAGGAACUCAGCUCAGAAGAAGAAGACAUCCAACCAUCAAGAUGCUAAGGAAGAAAGGAUUGACCCAGCCUGUGAUGGGGAAAGUCCAUGCUAUUUGCAAUCAGAAAACUUUAUCUGAUAUCAUCUGGGAAUCAGGUAGCUAUUUUAGUGUGGAUUUGAUGCAUAGGAAAGCAGAGGUGAAUGCUACAGUCAUUGGUGUAAUGAGGGACAUGAUUGAUCAGGAAGAAAGCGUUGAUCCAUCCAGUGGCUCCAGAUAUGGAGAAAACCCACGCUACGCAGAGUCAGGAGGAGAUAAAUCUGAUUCCAAAGUUGAUAACAUGCUCGGCGUGGAGAAGACAGCUCCAGGUCUAAAAGAUCGUGUCAAGAAUUCUGACAAACCUAAGAGGCCGGCAAUUGUCAAGAGAGGACGGAAGCAACCAAAGGACCCUAAGCCCAUAAGUGCUUACCUUGGUUUCUAUGAGGAGUUUAGGAAGCAGUACAUGAAGGAGCAUCCUAACAACAAAUAAGGUCUCGCUGUUGGCAUAGCUGCUGGAGAAAAGUGGAGACAGUUCUCAGAUGCUGAGAAAGCUCCUUGCAUAGACGAGGCUGGAAAAAGGAUGGUCGGGUGUGUAAAGAUCAUACAUGCUUAUAACAAGCGAAUGGCUGCUGAAUUUGCCUAGGAUCUGACAGGUCAUUGUCCGGGGUUGAUGAAGAAGUUCUUACUGGAUUUUGGAAAUAGGUGAGGAAGCUCGUGUAAUGCUUGCAACUUUUUGUUUCUACUUUUGGGGGUUAAAGAUGAACUCAGAGCAGCUACUUUUCCAGCUCAGUAGUUUUAUGUUCUUUUUAUUUGAAUGCUGCUUAAUGAUAAUUCAGCAAGGCAUUUGUCCUUCUAACUAGUUAUAUUUGGAUUACCAUCGAAUCAGUCUCCUAUUAAUUGUCUAAUUUGUUGGUUAUACUAUCGUUGCUCUCUGUCGGAGCU